CGCGCGCACAGGGAAGUGAGAGAGAAUAGUAAUAAAGGUGAUAUAUACGCCAUCUUGGCCUAUAUACGCCAGGGUGAAGCCUUUUGGGUGCUUCCCUGGAGGCUAGGAGGGUUAGCCACCCAGGAUAACCCAAGAAAGGCAGUGCUUCAUCAAGGGACUGUCUGUCUGAUUUCUAUUGAGGUCCCUAGAACUUGUACCCCAGGAUGCGAACCACACGUGUUGACUAACACCCAGAUACCUACAUGUACUUGUUUGCUAGGUGAACAGGGACACCAGGUGUAAGGAAACACACCCAAUGUUUCCACCCUUGCCAGGAUUCGAACCACAGACACACACAUUCAGUGUGUGAGACGAGAGUGUUGCCUACCAGGUCAUGAGAAGUGGAUGUGGAUACCUUAUGAUGUUACCAAAUUCAAGAUGUGGGCAGGCAAGAGCUUUGCAUAGCAGAACUAGUGAGUCUUGAUUUAGAUAUUCCAAUAAGAUUCCUGAUGCUGGAUGUAAGUUGCCGGGUCUGUCUUCUGGAGAGGAUGUCAUCUAGUCGGUCACAGCAGCACUUGAUCUGAAAGUGAAUUGUGUAUGAAGAAGGUAGAGAACUCCUGCAAGAAUGAAGAUAACACACAGAGAAGUUUAACUGAAGAGAAAAGAGAAAACAAAAUUUAUCAGCAGUCAUUAGAUAAAACUAUACAGUUUGACAUUGCUUGUAAAAGAACUUGCUUUAGAAUAGACGUAAAGGAUUAUUUAAAAAAAAUCAAUAUAAAUAUUUGGUCUGAAGUGAUUAGGACAAUGGACAGUAUGAUGUAUUCUGGGGAUUGCUCAUUCCAAGCUCAAGAUAAUCAAGUGUUCCCACGGUCACUGCAGUCUGAAGAAUUGACACGACCACCCAUUCAUGGUAAAAAUUUUGUAUGCAAAUGUAGCAAAAUAUUUUCAAAUAAAGCUGAUUUCACUCGGCACAUAAGAGUUCACACUGGAGAGAAGCCUCAUGCUUGCCAUGUGUGUGGAAGAGAAUUUUCCCUCAAAGGUAAUCUUACAAAGCAUAUGCAGCUUCAUACAGAUCAGAAAGCUUAUUGUUGUCCUGAAUGUACCAAAACAUUUCACAAAAAAGUAUAUCUGCAUCAGCACAUGAGGAUUCACACUGGUGAGAAACCUUUCAAAUGUACACAUUGUGAUCGUGCAUUUUCUUUGAAAGGUAACCUUGUUCAGCACGAGAAGCUACACACUGACAGGAAAUCAUAUAAAUGUCCUGAUUGCGACAAACUUUUCCUCAAGAAGAGCUACCUUGAUCAGCAUUUGCGUAUACAUACUGGAGACAGACCUCAUAAAUGUGAGAUGUGUGGUAAAGCAUUUUCAUUAAAGGGCAACUUAGUUCAGCAUAUGAAAAGGCACAGUGGUGAAAAACCUCAUUCUUGCUCUGAAUGUGGAAAAGCAUUUGCCCUGAGAUCAGCCCUAAAAGAGCAUGAUAAAGUGCAUGAUGGUGAAAAACCUUUUUCAUGUCCAGAAUGUAAUAAAGCAUUCAAAAAGAAAAUUUAUCUUGUGCAGCACUCUAGAAUUCACACUGGUGAAAAGCCAUUUACUUGCUCUGAAUGUGGCAAAGCAUUUUCUCAGAGAAGUAUUCUCAAUCAGCACCUGAAGCGGCAUCGAGAGAAAUCUUUUAAGUGUGCAGAAUGUCAUAAACUCUUUCUUAAGAAAAUUUACCUACCAAUUAAAAAGCAGAAUGUUAAAUUAGGACCUUUCAGAUGCAGUGAUUGUGAGGACGAGGAAGAGGAGCAAGAGCGCUAUAUAAAAGAAGAUUUUGAUGAUAGUAUGUUGCAGGUGGAUGAACAAUCCUACACUUGUAAUGCUACAGAUAAAGAUUGUCAGAAUUCAGCUCUCUCUCAAGAUGGAGAAUAUUUUGAAAAUGCCAGUCUAUCUCACAAUGAAAAAGUAUGUGAAGAUGUUUCCAAAGCAGUAGACAGUAGUGAGGAUAUAUCUCUUUCUGAGUGCAAUAUUAGGAAUAUGGUUUCCAAAAAUGGUAGAAAAUUGAGUGAUCUGAUACAUUCAAGUCAUCUGAAUCUUGACUGCAGAUACAACCAAGUUUCGAAGCAGUUCACAGGCUACCAGUAAUACAGGUCAUGAUCCAAGUAUUUCUCUUUAGUAUCCUAGUGGAAGCAUUCCAGUUAAGAGAGUCAAGUGGGUCAAUUUACCAUUGCGUAAGACAAACAAGUGUAGAGAAUGACAUUCUCUACUGGAUGCAAGAUUAUUGGUAAUAGUACAAAUUGUCAAAAUGAUAGUAUUUUUUUUUUAUAAUGCAUGUAUUUAAAAUUUCUCAACUAGGUUUUUUAUUUUUUGUUUAAAGUAAUGUCAUUUAUAAGUUGGCAGAGUUUCAGAUUCCCCUUAAUGUCUCAUUUACUGUGUUCUUCAACAUUUUUAGUGGAAAAAUGUUGACAAAUGUUUAUAUUAUGUAAUACCUCUCCACGUGCAUUUUUAUUAUCAAGAUUUUAUUGUCAUUCAGCAGUGAAGAGUUAAAAUACUGUUGUUAACCUAACUGAACUGUGGUGUGGCACUGAUGAGAAAUUAGGGUUAAGAUAGUAAUAGAAAAAUACUUUCAGUAACUACAUAUAAAGUAUUAUAGAAAAAAUGUAGUCAAAAAGGUCAAUAUAUUUUUAACACUGGUCUGUGAACAUAGUGGUUGAAAUUUUAUUGCUAGUUAUCAGUCAAUUUUUAUUAAAAUUUUGCCAGAGUAUAGGAGCUAGUGCAGAUAGACUUAAGACACACUUCUGAUAUAAUACUUAUGCCUAUCUAAGAUAGUUCUCUCCUAUAUUAUGUUGUAGUUUGCCAAGCUCCUAGACUAGUGCAUCAUAUAGCUUCAUUGUAGAAUGCACAAUUGGCAAUUUGCUCUUAAUGCAAUUCAUUGGAUAAAAUGAAAAACUGUGUUUAGUUAACAUCGCAAAGUUUUGUCAUUGUUGUGUUAAGAACACCAGCAGUAUCAUUGGCCUGAAGAGACUUGUACAUUCAUUUGUAGUAGACCAAAUGUGACAUCAAUUCAGUGAUCUUUAAAUUCACAAAGGUAGUUUAGUUAAUUUCUUUUAAAGCUACUGAGUGAGAUGCCACUUCAUUGUGUUAAACAUUAAUUAGACAGAUUAAAAAUUACUGUUUAUGGAUCAUUUAAGUCAUUGCUAACCAGUUGUCAAUGAUCAUUUUUUUUUCAUUGGCAGAUCUUGUAUCCAGUCUCGUUGAGUAAACAUAAAAUAGUAA